AUGUCUGCAACUGAACCAACCAAGGAGAAAGUCCCUCUUCAGGACGAAGAUGAUGAGGAAGACGAUAUCGACCAAUUGGUGAUGGAACUGCAAUCCAACCACGGUGCCGACGACGGCGAGGAGGAGGACGAGGAGCAGGACCACACCUCCUUCAAGGUCGUUCCCGAGGAGCUGCUGAGAACCGACCCGAAGGUUGGUUUGACCUCCGACGAGGUUGCCAAAAGAAGAAAGAAGUUUGGUCCUAACCAGAUGGCCGAGGAGAAGGAGAACCUCGUGCUCAAGUUCUGUAUGUUCUUUAUUGGUCCUAUCCAGUUCGUCAUGGAGGCUGCUGCCAUUCUGGCUGCCGGUCUCGAGGACUGGGUCGAUUUCGGUGUUAUCUGUGGUUUGCUGAUGUUGAACGCCUGUGUCGGUUUCAUCCAGGAGUACCAGGCCGGUUCCAUUGUUGACGAGUUGAAGAAGACGCUGGCCAACACCGCCACCGUCGUCAGAGACGGCCACCCGGUCGAAAUCCCUGCCUCCGAGGUCGUUCCAGGUGACAUUCUGCAGCUGGAAGACGGUGUUGUCAUUCCUGCCGACGGUAAGCUUGUUUCCGACGAGUGUUUCCUGCAAGUCGACCAGUCCGCCCUGACCGGUGAGUCUCUCGCCGUCGACAAGAGAUCCGGCGACGCUACCUUCUCUUCCUCCACCGUCAAGAGAGGUGAGGCCCUGAUGAUUGUUACUGCUACCGGUGACUCCACCUUCGUUGGUAGAGCUGCUGCCCUGGUCAACAAGGCCUCCGGCGGCCAAGGUCACUUCACCGAGGUCCUGAACGGUAUCGGAACCACCUUGCUCGUCCUGGUCAUUGUCACUCUGCUGGUUGUGUGGACCUCUGCCUUCUACAGAACCGCAAAGAUCGUCAGAAUCCUCAGAUACACCCUUGCCAUCACCAUCGUCGGUGUGCCGGUCGGUCUUCCAGCCGUCGUCACCACCACAAUGGCUGUCGGUGCUGCCUACUUGGCCAAGAAACAGGCCAUUGUCCAGAAACUGUCUGCUAUCGAGUCUCUUGCCGGUGUCGAGAUCCUGUGUUCCGACAAGACUGGUACCCUGACCAAGAACAAGCUUUCGCUGCACGAGCCAUACACCGUCGAGGGUGUUGAGCCAGAUGACUUGAUGCUCACCGCCUGUCUUGCUGCCUCCAGAAAGAAGAAGGGUCUUGACGCCAUCGACAAGGCCUUCCUGAAGUCCCUGAUCAACUACCCAAGAGCCAGAGCCGCCCUGACCAAGUACAAGAUGCUCGAGUUCCAGCCAUUCGACCCUGUUUCCAAGAAAGUCACUGCCUACGUCGAGUCCCCAGAGGGUGAGAGAAUCAUCUGUGUCAAGGGUGCUCCAUUGUUCGUUCUGAAGACCGUCCAGGAGGACCACCCUAUCCCAGAGGACAUUCUGGAGAAGUACGAGAACAAGGUUGCCGAGUUUGCUUCCAGAGGUUUCAGAUCUCUGGGUGUUGCCAGAAAGAGAGGCGAGGGCCACUGGGAAAUCCUGGGUAUCAUGCCAUGUAUGGACCCUCCUAGAGACGACACUGCUAAGACCGUGAACGAGGCCAGAGAACUUGGUUUGAGAGUUAAGAUGCUUACUGGUGACGCCGUUGGUAUUGCCAAGGAGACCUGCAGACAGCUGGGUCUUGGUACCAACAUUUUCGACGCCGACAGAUUGGGACUUUCCGGAGGAGGAGACUUGUCCGGUUCUGAGUUGUUCGACUUUGUUGAGAACGCUGACGGUUUCGCUGAGGUCUUCCCUCAACACAAGUACAACGUCGUCGAGAUCCUGCAAAAGAGAGGUUACUUGGUUGCCAUGACCGGUGACGGUGUCAACGACGCCCCAUCCCUCAAGAAGGCCGACACGGGUAUUGCCGUCGAGGGUGCCUCCGACUCUGCCAGAUCUGCUGCCGAUAUCGUUUUCCUUGCUCCAGGUCUCUCUGCCAUCAUCGACGCCCUGAAGACCUCCAGACAGAUCUUCCACAGAAUGUACGCCUACGUGGUGUACCGUAUUGCUCUGUCUUUGCACUUGGAGAUCUUCCUUGGUUUGUGGAUUGCCAUUCUGAACGAGUCUCUGAACAUCGACCUGGUUGUCUUCAUUGCUAUCUUUGCCGACGUUGCUACUCUUGCCAUUGCUUACGAUAACGCUCCAUUCGACCAGAAGCCAGUCAAGUGGAACCUGCCAAGAUUAUGGGGUAUGUCCAUCGUCAUGGGUGUCAUUCUGGCCGUCGGUACGUGGAUCACCCUGACCACCAUGUUCCUGCCAAAGGGAGGUAUCAUCCAGAACUUCGGUUCCAUCGACGGUGUCCUAUUCCUGCAGAUCUCCCUGACCGAGAACUGGCUGAUUUUCGUCACCAGAGCCACCGGCCCAUUCUGGUCCUCCGUGCCAUCGUGGCAACUGUCUGGUGCCGUCCUGAUCGUCGAUAUCAUCGCCACCAUGUUCACCCUGUUCGGAUGGUGGUCCCAGAACUGGAACGACAUCGUCACCGUUGUCAGAGUGUGGAUCUGGUCGUUCGGUGUGUUCUGUGUCCUUGGUGGCGCCUACGUCAUGAUGUCUGAGUCCGAGAAGUUCGACAGAUUCAUGAACGGCAAGCCUCUGAAGGAGAGACCUCCUCAAAGAACCCUUGAGGACUUCAUGGUUGCCAUGAACAGAGUCUCUACUCAGCACGAGAAGUCCAACUGA